AUGUUCAUCACAAAGUUUGAAGAGCGGGAGCCUCAUAGGGUAACCAACUUGGUCCCACCGCAGAGCCUUCGUAUUUUUCCACACCCAUGCCUAAAUGAGUCAUGUUCUGAGUGCAUUCAACAAUAUCGAACCGCGGAAGAGCAACGUUUCGGGUCCCACUGUUAUACGCAGACAUCCCUUACUAUUGGAGAUGUCUGGCCGUCAAAGAACCUUGAUGAGAAUGUGAUGGCAUGCCGCGAACUUAGCCGUCAGCACGCUCUUGAGCGCCCUGGUCGCGCUCGGGACGCUCAUAGGGCAAAAGAUCUUGCUAAUAGUAUCCUUGCGGACCACGAAUAUCUAAAACGCCAAUGCGCCGUCUAUGGAGAUAAAAUGAUUCAACGAUGGAAAGGAUACAAAGUUGACAAGCGCGAAAAAGUCCUCAAAGAGGCAGAUCCUCAUUUCAACCCCAGCCAAUGGGUGCAUAUCGACAUGCAAGUGAAUUCUGAUAAAUACAAGUAUCGCAUUGGCAGAAGUGAAACAAAGAGAAACCACCUUUUCUUCGAAUAUGUCAACAUUGAGGCUUUUAGGGGAGACAGUGCUUGCCUGUUGAACCUGUUAUUCAACCGAGCUCAUUAUCACCCAGAGGAGUUUGUGAUUUUCGACAGUUGUCAACUGAAAUUGACGUGGCUGGCUGGCGAUGUCGAUUUAAGUUAUAGCCCAGGCUGUUUGAUAAUGCAGGGUACAAAAUAUGGAGAGCUAGUUCACUGGGAUAAAGAUGCAGCCCAUAGGUGGGAUAUCAUUGGCUUUCCUCGAGCAAGAUUGAUCCUUCAGGCGCAAAAGGCAUUGAUGUAUCUCCUUCGUCAGAUCGUGGACAAGAUCCUUCAUGACGUCGAUAAGGACUCGGGCCCGAUAGCAGCCCAGUCCGAUCAAGUUCGCUCAUUAGAGUUCCGCCAGUCGGAUAUCCGUGGCUUCUCAUCAUCAUAUUACAAUGAACCAUACUCCGUCCCCCUAAAAUUUGACAUCAAUAAGUUAUUUGGCAUCGCCAAGACGCAAUUGGAGGUCAAGAAAGACCAUCUUUGGCUGUUGCAAACAGAUCCAGCUUACGCGAAAUACUGGCUAGGUAUUUUGAGCGAAGGGGGUCUGGUGCGAGACAAAUCGCUCGGUUUCAACAAGGAAAGCCUCCUCGCUGCUGAUCUCUAUGCGGAGCUGCAAUCCAUUCGAUUAUGGACAGAGGUGGUUCUAGAAAUAGAAAAGGUGAAGGAGCUGCAUGAUUCGAUCCGAGAUCAGAUCAUAAGAGGCCAAGCCCUUCCCCCAAAGUACAAUCGAGCUCUUGGCGCACUUGAGGUCUUGUUGGUUGACUAUAUGACUAAGUUGUCAUCACACCUUUCGAUCUCCAUUGUCCAGCGACCAGGUUUUAGCAAAUGUAAAGACCCGAAAUUAAACUAUUCGCACGACCCUUUAGACUUCUUAUUGCAACAUCUACUGGGAAAACCUGAUACAUCCCAAAUCAAGUUUUCGAGGGCGAUGAUAUUCCGUCAUUUGGAAAACCACCUCAGGAACGCCUCAAAAGAGGAACGGGCUCGUAUUGAUCCACCCAGCCAUGAAAAGCGUGUUCUUAAGGAUGUGGAGGAAUUUGAGAAGGGCGACUCUUGGCUCUAUACAGAGAAGAGUUCAUUCUGUGAUUCCCCUGAUACACCAAAAAGUUCAGGACCCAAAAUUGCUAGAUUUUUUGAGAGAUUUUCAAAACUUCCUCUGCCAUCAGGAAAGAAAGACGAGGAUUGGAUCAAAUCAGAUGAGGCGUCACGACAAGCUUUGUCGGAUGUCUGGGAAAGCAUACGCGCCUACUGGAAGAUGCAAUUGAGAUAUCUCGGGAUGAGCGAAGGUAAUAUGGAGAUCGAAAUGCGUACGUUGUCAGCCGAUAUAGAUCCCGAAUAUGUCGCAGAUAUUACCGCAAAUUAUGGCAAGAUCAGAGCCAAGAUGGAAGAGUGUCGAGAAGCUAAAGCCAAUAAUUCAUCCAAAGCACCUGUUCAGAUUCAAACAAACUGGGGCGGCGAAUCUGUAACAGCAUCCAAAAUUCCGACUACAAAGAACACGAAGAAGAAGACCAGACCACAAGAAAACGCACCAAAUAGCAAUAGCGCUAUAGUAGAUACAGCACAGAAGGCCGUGGUUAUCACAAAUACGCAAGAAGAAACGACCCCUAAAUUGCGCAUCGAGGUAAACAAGAAAAGAGUAUUCACACUCUUGACUUCAAUGUAUCGAGAUCUGGGAGACGAUCAAGACAUGCGCAAUGUCCCAUGGGAAGAGUUCAGGCACUCGAUGGUGGAAAUCGGAUUCGACUGCACCAAUGGAGGAGGCUCUGCUGUAAUGUUCACUGCCAGUAGCCGCCUGGGUCGGGCUGAGGGGCGCAAAAUCAGUUUCCACAGACCACACCCCGAGUCACAUAUUGCCCCGAUAGUACUUCAAGUUUGGAGGAAGCGUCUAGCCAAGCAUUUUGGCUUUGGAAACGAUACUUUCGUGUACAAAAAGCCCGAAAACACCGAUAGCCAGAGUGAUCUUGUUUCUAAGUCCUGA